AUGGAGAAAAACAGCCUCGUAACCCUGUCACCGGAUCAGUUCCAAGGCUUGUCCAAAUUGAGAGACUUGGCUGUUUAUGAGAACAAUAUUCAGUACCUGCCGCCUGGAGUUUUUAAAGGCUUAACAAACAUGCAGUCUAUGAGCUUUUAUUUCAACAAAAUCCGCACAGUGAGCAACGAGCAAUUUAAAGAUAUCGCGCCAAGUAUUCGAUUCCUCUACUUCCAUUACAACGAAAUGCGAGAAUUACCGGCCGGUUUCUUCUCGAACAUGAAAUAUUUAAUAACAGCGGCUGUAGACACCAACCUUAUGUGUUGCCAUUUGACGAAGGAGGACGCGGAUUGCGACUAUACUUAUGUCGACAUGUCCAGCUUCUCCAGUUGUGAAACUAUGUUCAGAAAUCGAGCUCCUAGGAUAUGUGUCUGGGUGGUCGGAAUUAUGUCGUUGGUUGGUGCUGUGUUUGUGAUCGUGUGGCGGCUGGUAUUUAAGGAGACGAAGAAGAAAAACAAAAUACAGUCUAUCUUGUUGAUACAUUUGGCCGUGUCUGAUGGACUGAUGGGUGUCUACCUUAUCGUAAUAGGUGUGAUGGAUGCCAUUUGGGCAGGGCAGUUCUUUUUGCAUGACUAUAACUGGCGUUCAAGUUUGUCAUGUCAGAUAACAGGUGCCAUUGCCGUGUUGUCAAGUGAGGUGUCUGUUAUGACUAUUUGCUUGCUCUCCGCCGACCGGGUUAAGAAUAUUCUGUUCCCCUAUCGUGGAAAGUCCCUUACAAUCAAGGUUACGCACUUUUUGUGCCUCCUCAUCUGGAUCGUUGGUGGGUUAAUUGCAUUUAUUCCCACGGUGGGCAUCGUCUACUUCGGCAGUCGUCAAAAAGGUCACCACUUUUAUGGCAGAUCAGUUGUAUGUCUCCCAUUGCAGCUUUCUGCUGAUAAGCCCUCAGGAUGGGAGUACUCUGUUGCCAUGUUUGUUGGUUUAAACUUUACUCUUGUGUUGUUCGUCAUUGUGGCCUAA